AUGGAUCACCGAUUCCGGUCAAUGUUUGCCAACAGUGGCCUGGGCGGCCUUGGAGCGCAGCCGAGCACGGAUAACACAAACCUGAUCGACAACUCCGAAACCGUCUACAUCUCGUCGCUCGCCCUGCUCAAGAUGCUACGGCAUGGCCGUGCCGGUGUGCCAAUGGAGGUCAUGGGUCUGAUGCUGGGCGACUUUGUCGAUGACUUCACGGUCCGGGUCGUGGACGUUUUUGCCAUGCCACAGAGCGGUACGGGCGUUAGUGUUGAAGCCGUAGACCCUGUGUUCCAGACAAAGAUGAUGGAAAUGCUGCGCCAAACGGGAAGACCUGAGUCGGUUGUCGGCUGGUACCAUUCGCAUCCCGGCUUCGGCUGCUGGUUGUCGUCUGUGGAUAUUAACACCCAGCAGUCGUUUGAGCAGCUGACACCACGAUCCGUCGCCGUCGUUAUUGACCCGAUCCAGUCGGUCAAGGGAAAGGUCGUUAUUGACGCCUUCCGCUCGAUCAGCCCGCAGACUCUUAUCAUGGGCCAGGAACCCCGACAGAGCACGAGCAACCUCGGCCACCUCAACAAGCCGUCGAUCCAGGCGCUCAUCCACGGCCUGAACCGCCACUACUAUUCCAUUGCCAUCAACUACCGCAAGACGGCCCUCGAAGAGAACAUGCUGAUGAAUCUGCACAAGCAGGUGUGGACUGAAGCCCUGCAGAUGGAGGACUUCCGCACAGAGGGUACCCGGAACAAGGACCGGCUCAAGAAACUCGUCGGCCUGGCCGAGGGCUACGAGAAGCGUGUCAAGGAGGAGACAGAGCUCACCAAAGAGCAGCUCAAGACUCGCUACGUGGGCAAACUGGACCCCAAGAAGCAUUUGGAGGACGUGGGCCAGCAGCUGAUCGAGGACAACAUCGUGGCCGUGUCGCGGCAGAUGAUCGACAAGGAAACGACAGCGCCGAGAAAGGAUGCGGCAACAGCUGGAGACGAUGCGAGCGAACAAGACAAGAUGGAAGUUGAGGAAUUAUGA